AUGCCAAGGCUCAGCCCCUGGAGGGAUUUAAGCACCCCCACCCCGAGCAGCCCCAGCGGUGGUGGCAGUGGCCCACUCUGUGCCACCAUGGUCACAGCGGGGCUCUUCAUCCUCAGCCUGGGAGGCUCCAUCCUGCUCCCAGCUCUGGCCGCGGCAGGCACCCAGGGGAGCCAGAUCAUCGGGGGAAAGGCAGCAGCACCCCAUUCCCGACCCUUCAUCGCCUCCAUCCAGAUGGACGGGGAGCACGUCUGCGGGGGCUUCCUGGUGUGGCCCAAGUGGGUGAUGACAGCUGCCCACUGCUUCAUUCCCAGGCGCAGCCCCUCGGUGCGCGUGGUGCUGGGAGCCCAGCGGCUGCAGGAGCCCGAGGAGUCCCAGCAGAUCUUCAGCGUGGCCGAGUCCAUCGCCCACCCACUCUACAACCCCCACGCCACGGACAACGACAUCCGCCUGCUCCGGCUGAACGGGUCGGCCACGCUGAACAAGUACGUGAAGCGGAUCCGCCUGCCCUCCCCGCACAUCGACCUGAAGCCCGGCACUGUCUGCUCCGUGAUGGGCUGGGGGGACACCUCCAACUUUGGAGACCAGCCCACCGAGCUGAUGGAGACCAACACCACCAUCAUCAAGAGGAGCCUCUGCCGGACACUGUGGAGGGGCAAGGUCUCGGCCAACAUGCUGUGCGGGGCCAGCCGCAACACCACGCUGCAGGGAGUCUGUGCUGGUGACUCCGGGGGACCCCUGGUCUUCAAGGACAAGGUUCAUGGCAUUGUCUCCUUCUCUGGGCAGAGAUGUGGGGACCGCCGGUUCCCUGACAUCUACACCAAGAUCUCCAACUACAUUGACUGGGUGCAUCACGUUGUGCGAGGGUUCCACCAUGGGAAGGGGUGGUUGAAGCCCUAGGGUGGCUGGGAGUCCUGGGGGCAGGCGGGCUGUGGGAAGAGGGGCUGAGAUGUCUCCUGGGAGGGGAGAAGAGGGCCAGAACUUCCACAUCUUCUGGCUCUGGAGGGGCUGGGAGCUGAUGCUCAGGGCUCCUUGACCCAGGUCAGGGCAGGAGCUCCUCUCUGCCCA